AGCAAUGGCGACCUUUGUGAGCGAGCUGGAGGCGGCCAAGAAGAACUUGAGCGAGGCUCUGGGGGACAACGUGAAACAAUACUGGGCUAACUUAAAGUUGUGGUUCAAGCAGAAGAUCAGCAAAGAAGAGUUUGACCUUGAGGCUCAUAGACUUCUCACACAGGAUAAUGUCCAUUCUCACAACGAUUUCCUCCUGGCUAUUCUCACACGUUGUCAGAUUUUGGUGUCUACACCAGAGGGUGCUGGAUCUUUGCCCUGGACAGGGGGUUCUGCAGCCAAACCUGGAAAACCAAAGGGAAAGAAGAAGCUUUCUUCUGUUCGUCAGAAAUUUGAUAUUCCAGCCUCAAAAUCCCCUCUCGGGAGCCCAGCAGUUUGUGGCAAAGGAUCCCCAAGAUGAUGAUGACUUGAAACUUUGCUCCCACACAAUGAUGCUUCCCACUCGGGGUCAGCUUGAAGGGAGAAUGAUAGUGACUGCUUACGAGCACGGGCUGGACAACGUCACCGAGGAGGCUGUCUCAGCUGUGGUCUAUGCGGUGGAGAAUCACCUUAAAGAUAUAUUGACAUCAGUUGUGUCAAGAAGGAAAGCUUACCGAUUACGUGAUGGUCAUUUUAAAUAUGCCUUUGGUAGUAAUGUGACCCCACAGCCAUACCUGAAGAAUAGUGUAGUAGCAUACAACAACUUGAUAGAAAGCCCUCCAGCCUUUUCUGCUCCUUGUGCUGGUCAGAAUCCAGCGUCCCACCCGCCCCCUGAUGAUGCUGAGCAGCAGGCUGCGCUCCUGCUAGCGUGCUCGGGGGACACGCUGCCGGCAUCUUUGCCUCCAGUGAACAUGUACGACCUCUUUGAAGCUUUGCAGGUACACAGGGAAGUCAUUCCUACACACACUGUAUAUGCGCUCAACAUUGAAAGGAUCAUCAUGAAGCUCUGGCACCCAAAUCACGAAGAGCUGCAGCAAGACAAAGUCCACCGCCAGCGCCUGGCAGCCAAGGAGGGUCUUUUGCUCUGCUGAAAUAGGAUUUGAGGGUGUGGGACUUUCAGCAAAUUCAUUGAUUAUUGGGAGUUGAAUGUUUUGGGGUCUGCAUUUCAGGACUGAAGUGUAUUAUGUAAAUAUAACCUUUCCUAUGGAAAUGUGACAGUACACUUUACAUUGCUGCUGUGAAGCCUUUAAUAUAAAUCUGAUUUUGAUAAUGACCCAUAUAUCUCUGUAUGUUUGUGUAUAUGUUCCCAGUUAAGGGAAUAGGCACUGAGAAAAUUCUGUGCCUGGAGUGGAGAUGUUUAGGCAUCUGAGGCUUCGUAUCCUAAGGUCUGCAUGCAAGGUAGGUGGCAUUCUGAAACAAAGAAACUGUUAGAACUUAGUCCCCACAAUCAGCAGGAUGUCUGCGUGUUCAGGGACUUCACAUAUUCUGUAUCUGGCAAGUCUAAAAUUUCUGCAUUUCUCCUGAAGAGAAAAGUUAUCUUUUUUAGUGACCAGUUUAAUAUAUAAUUUAGUUUUUUGUGACCAGUUUAAUUUUUAACAGAUAUAGGUAGUUACCUAAAGAUUCAUUACAACUCCAGAGAAAAGUCUUAGAAAUGCUGUACUAUUAGCCAAAAUAAAGUCCUUUAAAUUAAAAACCCAAAUCAAAACAAGCUCUUAGAAUGUAAUUGAGCUUAUAAAAUGUCUCCUCAUAACUCGUUUCUUUUAUAGAGUUAUUAUUCCCAAAGACUUUGAUUGGCAGGUUCAUCUAUUAAUUAUUGCUGUAGAAUGUUUUAAGAAGUCCUUGUAAACAUACCGGACUUAUACUUGGUAAUUAUAUUCCUAUGAAACAUCUUUUUCUAUCCUUUCAAAUGGCAGUGUUACUAAUAACCAGAUUUGUUUCUUUAGAGGUAUGUUGCUUUUUAUUAAUUAUUGGUGGGUAUAUUAGAAUGCACAGAUCAGUAUAAGUAGGUCUAAAUAUAUGUAUAGAUAUGUAUAUAUCGUUCACUAUCUGGAUCUGUGUAUUUGGUUUUUGUACUUUAAAUGUGGCAAAUAAACCUUUUGGGAGGAAACCUACUUGUUUAUUUAUUAAAGAAAACAUAUAAGGAAUACUGCCUUCUACAGAAAUAUGAACAACCUUGCUUUAUGAGUGCUUAGCAGAAACUUUUCGAAAGAAUGUACCAGAUGAGAAAGAUAAAAAGGAAGUUUCAAUUAAGGCAUGUCAUUUCUUCCUUUUGUGAUAUGUAGAUUUAAGACUAAAAAGAAAACAUAAACAGCUUAGUUUCUGUUCUUGGCACAAGUCUGAAAAGCCCUUUAGAGUUUUAGGUAACCCAAGAAUUUUUAGUAAGAAUUUUCAACUGAUACCCAACCACCUUUUGCUUUGAACCUUCCAUGUAUCUGAGCCUUAAUGCUAAGUAUGUGUUAAAUUUCAUGUGUCCUGUAGAUGGAGAGGCAGCUAUAAGCCUCGAACGUGUCCCGCUGCCUGUUGUAGUGGCAAGUUCCAUAGAAAUCUAUGUAGCAGAGGAGCCUCCAGAUUCCUCACUACUCUCUGGAACCUGAUCUAAAUUCCUAGAGUCGCCUACUCUGGUGGAUAAUUUCAUACUUAGAAUAAAACUUAUUUUUCCCAUAGAGAUUUCAGUAAUAACCUUAGCUGUAAGCAUAUCAUUGUGCAAAACUAGGUUUGAUAAGGCCCACCUUACUUUCUCCUGGGCACCGAGCACUGGCUUAUUAGCACACAUUCUUACGACCUUCAUUACCCAUUGCAGGGAUCAACCAAGCACGCAGCUCCUCCAACACUUCUCCCAUUGCCUGAAGUGAUCAGUCGGACUUUACAGUGUCUGCUAAAUGAUAACUCACUUUGACCAUAGAUAGAUGUGCUCAGUGGUUGACUCACACCAAAAUGCCUCCAGUUUGAAUGAUGGUAAGGAAGCUUGGUUUUAAGGGUCAGACUUAAAUGCUGUGGCCAACAGAUUUGUUGAUUUUCACAGCUUAAAAAUGAACAAAUGUCUAGAUUAUUCCUGAGUAGACUUAAUAUUUAAUUGAAUCUAUGGGCAUGGUAAAUUGUUAGGACAAAUUUUACUAAAAGCAUACCAUGAAAGGGCAUGUAGGUUCAUCACUGAUUUUUUUAAAGAAAUUUAUGAAAACAUGACACUAAGUUCUGUUUAUCAACUUGUUAGCAUGUUUCCAUUCUCUUAAAAUUAAUAUCCCUUUAUGAAUUUUUCAUGUGAUUUGGUAAUGUACUAUUUCUGAGAGUAUUCAAAACAUGACUGAGGAAAGGGCUGCUUUUGCCAGAGCCCUUUCCCCCACCUUUAAGCCAGAUUAAAACCACACGUAACAUUUUCCUUGGUCUUUAAAGACACCGACAUUACUUACUGACGUCUCAUGAACAGACUUUUUAUUCAAGGGUGUAAUAUAUUUUAUUCAAAGGUGUAAUUAAUAUAUAUUACUUCUCCAGUUCUCCAAACUGGAAAAUUAAGUGUAAAGGAGAAUUUGAAAUGUGACUUUUUAUAAUGCUAGCAGAUAAACAAAUAAAACCACCAUAGCCUAUUAUUGUCUUUAUUAUCAAAGUUUAUUGUUGGAGUCAGUUCCUAUCUACUGGGGAGUACAACUAUGUCUCAAUAUGUGCUAUAGUAACUCUAGGCCAUUCUGCAAAAUAGUUGUACUAGGGCUCGGUUAGGCAUAGAUCAUAAUUAAGUCAGUGGAAGAAUGAGCCCAGAAAAACCCUGACAGUAGAGCCAUUACUCUAUUCAAGUUCCAGUGCUAUGCAACCUGUAAGGCAUCAUCUAUCAGCUGAUGAUGAGACUCAAGAAGGUGUUGGUGGAAUGAAACAGGAGUUGAACCCAUUUUCUACUCUUCUCUGCAAUAUAACUAUGGCUCCAGUGCAGGAACCAAAUAUUAGGUCUUAGAAAAUCCUUUAAGCUCCCUAAGCAAGUAAAAUAGGACAUAAAGAGGAAAAGACCAGAAACCAGAACAGUGGAGGAUAAAUUAAGUGAAAUGGGAGGGAAUGAAAACUUUUGGAAUGAAACACAACUGGAUUUAGAUGCCAUUUGAGAUGACAAUACAGUAGAGGUAAAAGCAAAUGGGGAAACAAACAUUCAAAGUUAUUCAGAUAUAAGAAGUUAAGUGAAAUUUCCCCUCUUAGAGGAAAACUGGUUUUAAAAAGAAUGACUAAUAGGAAAAUGAGUACCUGAGUAGAAAUAGGUGUUUCAAGAUGCCAAGAACAGCAUAAUAUAUAAAUGAGCUGGGUCUGCUGGAAGGGAAAGUGGUUAUGGUAGUCUUUUAUCCAGCUUUGACAUUGGAAUGACAUUUAUAGCAAUGGCUUUGUCUAUGAGGUUCUGGCAUAUUUUUUGUAGCACAAAUAGCUUUGAAGGAAUGUUUUCAUAACACUCAACUUAUGUGGGAAUGCAAAUUACUAUAGUGUAAAAAUUCAAAGGCCUCCCACCUAUUUCUGCAGGAUAGAAGAUCAGAAGUCUUGAGACAGCUGUGGCUAAAGGCUCAAGCCCUCUCACCACCCUUAUGAUAAAACAAAACAAAAAGAAAUUAACAAGUAUCAGAGUCAGUGAGCCUUGUACCAUGUAGACAGCAGAUAAUUUAUGGUGAUUUCUCCAGCAGGCAGCCUGAGAACAGAAGAG